GAGAGCACCCAGCAAACGGGCACUGCACUUACCGAUUGCUGUUACCCUGGAGCUCGCUGUACGUAACACGCACCAAACAGAAUACAAACCCACAGCAACAAUCGGAUCGGAUCUUAAAAAUUUCAACCAGCAGCAUCUAUGUUUCAUCGUUGCGGCGGAUACCCAAACAAGAAUGUAAUAGGUGAAUUCGAUUAAGGCAGCACACAGCCAGCAUGGAUUCCCCAAGAUCGAUCCAGUUGCAUGACAACCGAGAAAAAGAAAGGAGCCUGCACUCUCACAGGAGUACAGACCGAGACAGUGAAGCCUCUUAUAAGACCAAACACGACAACGACCAGGUGAAGCCGGUUAGCAAGAGCACUGUGGGAGACAGGGGGAGGACUAGAACCCGGGAACGCGAUGACAACUCGCAUUACGACAGGAACAGUGGUUCUUAUUAUUUAGACAAUUAUGAUCACGACUCCUAUGAAUCUGAUCAUUCCCGUUCACAAUCCAGAACUCCCAGCCCCAGGAGGACAGAGCACACAAAACAAAUCUCCAGCAGCCCAGCUCGCAAACAAGAACAGAGUAAGAAAGGCGCAAGAAACCUCACAAACAAAACCAGGGGGCCACAGAAGUGGGAUUUCCGCUCCCAGAGCCUGAACAAGGAGCCUAUGCCCAAGGGCCUGGCCCUUGUGACUAAACGCAUGCUGUCUGCACGGCUUCUGAAGAUAAAUGAACUGAAGAACGAGAUGUCGGAGCAGCAGCUGCGCUUGGAGGAGCUGCAGAAGGAGAACAAGGCGCUGCGUCUGCUGCAGCACCGGCAGGAGAAGGCUCUCAACAAGUUUGAGGACACUGAGAGCGAGAUUGCUCAGCUCAUAUCUAGCCACAAUAACGAAGUGCGCACACUGAGGGAGCGGCUGCGCAAGUCGCAGGAGAAGGAGCGCACCACUGAGAGGCGGCUCAGGGAUUCAGAGGAGGAGCUGUUUCGCACCAAGUCCUCCCUGCAGAAACUUCGCAAGCUGGCAGAAGACAAGCAGCUAGCAGAGCGGGAUGUACUGGCCCGGAAAUUGUCUCAGGCUGAGACCCGACUGGAAUACAACGACAGGAGGGUUAAGGAUCUGGAGAAAAACCUGGAGUUGUGUAACAGUAGUUUUCAGAGGCAACUUGCAGCAGAGAGGAAGAAAGCACACGACGCUCAGGAGGAGGUCAAAAACAUGCGGGACGAACUGGAGCGACUCAACCACAAACUCAAGGAAAAGGAAAGGGAACUUGAUUCAAAAAACAUCUAUGCUAAUCGAAUGGUGAAACCAUCUCCGAAGAAAGACACUGACAUCACCCCAAGAAAGACAGCACCAAACUGGAACACUACCAAAGGAGUGCAGACUGAUGAGAACUUGUUGGCCAUUGAGUUUCCUCCUCCACCUGCUGCUAUUACUGAUGGGACAAUAGAUCCAGAAGAAGAUGAUUAUUUUUCAGUGAAGGAUAUGAGCCAUCAAGCAAUACAGGGCAGAGCAAGAGUCUCUGGUCCAUCAGUCAGAAAGACACCACAAUGCAAAAUUAUAAAGGAGCAAGAUAACAAGGAGCGGGAGAAGAGGGAGAUAGCGGAGCGUCUGCGAGUGGAUAAGGAGAGGCAGGAGCGGGAGAAGGAGAGAGAGGAGAAACUGAGGAGGGACCAGGAGCAGCAUGCACUGGAGGAGAAAGCCAGGAGGCUCAGGGAAGAGUGGGAGAGGGAAGAAAGGGAACGAAAGAGGAGAGAAAAUGAACUGUACCAGCAGCAGCAGGAUGAGAGGGAGAGGAAGCUGAAGGAUCAGGACCAGCAGAGCCUGGAGGAAGAGCGGCGCAAGAAGGACCUGCUCUUGGCCAGGAUGCGGGAGGUUGACCUCGAGGCCCAGGGCCCCGGUAUCUUCUCAGAUUUUUCCAGCACCAAACUGGUCACCCACCCUCAGCCAGACCAAACACAGAACAUCUUAAAUUUCUCUGGAUCAGUGAACACCCUCAACAAUGGCGUUCCAACUCACAGGAGUAGUGAUUCCAUCAAGAAGCCUGAUUCUUCCGGUCGCAGAGCCAUCAAGACCGUGGACUCCAGUGAAGACCUCACCUUUGGCAGCUACGCUCCUUCUUUUGGGAAGACUUCUGGAAGGACUGGGCUCUCAAGCAAAAAGAGUGAAAGCCCUGAAGAGAAGGACAAGGACAACAUUGACACUGCUUUUGGGAAUAACAAGAAAUCAGAUCUGAUGCAACAGUUGUUUGGUGCCAGUGCCAAAGCUGACAUCUCUACUUUAGAAAUUUUGCAAAUGCCUGCAGCAAGCAAGACCUCUCAGAACACCGGUGGAGCCCUCCCAUGGGAGAAAAGCAGCCCAGCCAAGAAGAAAGAUAACUAUCCAUUCUUUAACGAGGGCAAAACAGUGAGCUCCAACAAGGGCCGUCCACACGUUGCAGCAGACAGACCUGCAGUAAGGGCCAUCAGUUCUUUAGAGGAUGAAAUAGAAGAAGUUAUACUUUAAACAGAUGCAUUGUAUUUUACAGCAUUCUGUGGUUGUAUAUAUUUCAGAAUCACCCUGUAAAUUAGAAAGUAUUUAUAUAUUGUUGAAGGGUUUUUUUUUUUCUUGAUUUAUAGAUAUAAAUAUAGUAAAUGUCUUAUGAAGGAAUCUUACGUGUCAGUUGUAUGACAGCCAGUGUAUGUAACUGGCAAUAUUUUGGAAACAUUUGUUGCUUGUAGUUUAUACUUGCACUUAGAUUUGUUUAUUUAGGGGAUCUUUGGAAAAUUGGAGGGAUUUGCAAAAUCAUGUGUAUUUUGUAUUAGUAUUGCAUAGAUGUCAUGCCUUUGAAGAUGAACUUUUUGCUACAGGAAGGUGUGGAUUAGUCAGGCUAUUUAAAAAAAGACAUAAACUAAUCAUAUAUAUAUAU